CUUGAAGAAACCAUGAAGUGAUUCCCUUCAUGCCUUUGCAGUGGCUUCUUCGUUGCACAAAGUAGAUCACAAGGUCGAGAUCCGAGACGAUCACUUCCGAUUUUCCAGCUUCGUCCUCAACAGCCUCCAAACCUCCACCGCAACGAUGAAGAUUUUCGUACUUGCCGCAACUGCAAUCGCUGCGUUAUCGGCGGUUCAUGGUGCUGAACAGUCCUCGCUUCAUCUUCGUAUCCACGCCAAGGGCGGAGCUUGCACGAUCACCAACGAGUCCCAGUGUGACGGCCAAAACUGGACCGGUAGCACCUGCUGUGCUGACUCGAACUACGAAUGCCGCUGGUCGGACGACGGACAGAACGUCAAGCGCUGCCAGAAGAAGAGAGGCAAGGGGCAGCACCACAAAGACGUUGAGGACGACAGUGACGAUGAUUCCGACAUUGAUGGCGAUGACGUCGCGAGCGCACUCGGGAUUGACCCGGAUGACUACGACAACUUCAGCGACUAUGACGACUACAGCGACUGGUUUGGCGAUGAUGACAGCAGCGACUCUGAGGACGACAGCAGCGAGAGCAAGGACGAGGACACCAAACACCACCGAAAGGGACACACCAAGGGUGGGUCGUGCACUAUCACGAACGAGUCGCAGUGUGACGGUCAGAAUUGGACUGGAAGCACUUGCUGUGCGAAUCCGAACUACGAGUGUCGUUGGUCGGACGAUGGACAGAACGUGAAGCGCUGCCAGAAGAAGAGAGGCUAAGGCGAAUGCAAUUUCAAGCUCCAUCGCGCUGCGAUCUAGCUAUUGUAUGCGCAGGAAUUGGGGAUCGGGUUCAUGUAGUGCCCACUACGUAGUAUAUCCAGGUUAUUAACAGAAAAAUAAGUGGUGUUCAGUGAUCAACUGCUGGUUGGAGGUUUUCUUC